CGUCCCACCCUCCUCAGCUCCAGCACAGGAGUGCAAUCAGCACCUUCGUCAACUUCCUGCAUCGCACCGUCUUCAAGGUGACGCGCGCUGGAGAGCAUUGCCUGACCCGCGACCGCCACGAGUCGCCUCAACCCUUUCACCUGAGUGCCCCGACAACCGCUGCCCAGCCCACAACAGCUCGACUCACAGCGUGCAAAGCAACCGGCAAUCGAAUCCUCAUCCACAGCUUCGCACCGUCUCGAGCUCGCAAUUCUAUCCUAUCUCCAGCACUCAUCAUGUCUGACACCUCAAAAACCUCAGACUCUCUUUCCACAACGGCUACGACCGCCUCUGCUACGACCCAGACCGCCGACAACACCAAUGAGUACGAGAAGACACUCGAGAAGCGGCUCGAUGGGGCCAUCCAGCGCGCUCAAGACCGCUGGACGCAGUUGCAGCAAGAGGCAGCCGAGAAGCGAUACUAUCAGAGAACUGUCAGGAACUUGGAAUUCACCCUAGUACACUUCGAAAGAGAGUGGGCCCAGGAUAUCCUCACAAUGUACGGGACUAUCAAGCAACAGGAAGAGAAGCUUGAGCAGCGGAGUCGAGAGAUUGACGAGGCGACGAAGCUCUUGGGCGAGCACAUGACGGCGUUGGACGACGUACAGCAGAAAUUGCAAGAGAAGACGCAGGAGCUGAACGACGCACAAGAGCAGUUGCAAGAGAAGACGCAGGAGGUGGAAACUGUGACGCACCAGCAUGACGAAGCGAUGAAGAAGUAUAGGGCUAAAUGGGACGAGGAGCUUCAAAAACUGGAGGCCUAUAAGACCGGUCUCAAGGAAAAGGUCGGGGAAGAGUUACAGAAACGGCUCCAGGAAAACAGCAACAAGCUCGUUUCCGCACAGAAAGAAGCCGAAGACGCAAGGAAGGCGGAGCAGAAAGCCAACGAGAAGGCAGAGGCGUACAAAAAGGAGAUGGAGUCCCUCAAGCGGCAGUUACAGCAACAGGCAGCCGCCCCAGGCAUCGGUAAUACCCCGCAAGGUGCCCUUCAGGCCAUCAUACAGUCGCGGUCACAGCCGAUGCCGCCGCCAGCUCGAACCCCAUCCCUGACGCCGACACCGGGGCUUGCUCAGGCUACGAUCCAACAGCGUACAGCUCAUCCUACGGCCCUUCAGCCUAUGAUCACCCCCCGGGUGCAGCCGACCCAGAAUCAGCAGCGCACAGCUCACCCUGAUGUCCCUCAGCGUACGACCCCGACUCAGACCUGGCAGGGACCACAAGAUGAGGCCCAACCACUACUCGACGAGGAGAUGUGGGACUUCGUAAAGAACCUGCCGCCCAUGACGCAGGAAAAGAGCUCCAACUCCAACGUCUCCUUCGGCGCUCAAGACUCGAUACCAUCCGUCUCCCUUCCCAAGGAUACUCCACUUCCGCCAUUCCCACUCCCCCAACUCCAGCCUUACGGCACACAAGUCCACCCGGCAUCGCAGCCCUCAGUCUCCCGACAACAGCGCCAGCAGACUCCGUCCACGAGCGUCGCUCCCUCCACAUCCACCUCUAGCCAGCACACCGCGAAGUACCAGGGCGCGGUCUGCGAGAAUUGCCACCUCUACUGGUGGAACGAAAGCUGUGACGGUGGGGAACCCUGUACCAACUGCGCCGUCAACGGAUGGCACUGCGAGCGCCCUGUCUGCGAGAACUUUUCACGCGGCACCUGCACGAAGAGGAAGUGCAAUCGGGCACACGAGGGCGACGGAUUCCAGAAUUUGAGUCACGACCGCGUGGGCAAGGGCUUGAAGAGGAAGGGCCGGGCGACGGAUCCCCAUGAUACGCCGCCGAGUAAGAGGGCGAAGACGGGUUGAGGGGAAGGGGGGUGAGUGAGCAGC